UUGGAAGCUAAAGUUGUGCUUGUGCAAGAGAGAGAUAUUUGGUGCGUACUGGGAUGGUAAGGUCUGGAAAACAAGAGAAGCUAGCAGUUAAGAAGGGUCCCUGGAGUUCUGAUGAAGAUAGGAAGUUGAUAGCUUACAUAAAAAAAUAUGGGAUUUGGAACUGGAAUCAGAUGCCUGAAUUUGCAGGUCUAUCAAGGUCUGGCAAGAGUUGCAGACUUCGCUGGGUGAACUACUUAAGGCCUGAUGUAAAGCUAGGAAACUUCACAGAGGAAGAAGACCAAACCAUAAUCAACAUGCAUGCAAAUCUGGGUAGCAGAUGGUCCGCAAUUGCAAAACAACUUCCUGGAAGAACUGACAAUCAAAUAAAAAAUCACUGGCACACGCGACUGAAGAAACGUCUUCUAGUCAAAACUAGUGUUGCUAAUCCUGGUGCUAAAUCACAAGGCACUGAUGAUGGAAAAUCCAUCCAGGAGAAUUCUCCUGGAGGAAAUGCCAAAGAACCGGCGACAGAUACUUCUGAAGUCUCUAAACUUGAAGGCCUACUCCACGUUGAAAAUUCAAUAAAUAUUCCUCCAAUUCUGUCUCCCUCUUGUGGCCACUGGGAUUUUGGUGGGAGCACGCAAGAAAAUACUUCCUCCACGGAAAUUAUUGAAGAUUCUGAUCAGAUAUUUUGGACGCAGCCAUUCUUGAUGGGAAAUUUGAGCAUGGAGAGCCAGCCAUCAGCAUAUAUACAGUCUCAGUUUGAUCCUCUAAUAUGGUCUCAAGAACCUCUAAGUCCAUCUUCUAGCUUCCUUGAUUCUGGCUAUUGUGAUAGUAUUCUGUUUAAUUAUUCAGAAAAAGAAGAUGUUUCCUUCUUGGAACGGCCAGAAUUUCAAUUUUAAUCCGCUUAGAAUUACUUCUUUCCAUGACCUGGAUGAAGAGGCCUGAAUAACUGGCUAGGGCCCUGCUUCUGUUGUAUACUG